AGCUACUUGGGAGGUGGAGGAAGCAAUUGCCACAAAAGCGGUUAAGUAGCUCGUCCUGGAUCACAAAGCCCAAUGUCCUGAACCCAGGGAUCCUUGCCCCAGAGCCCCUGUUUUCCCCAGUAUGUGGUGAUUACCUAGUAAGUGCAGGCUGUUGUGCUGAGGAUUGUUGGGGGCUGUUAUUGGGGGUUCGCCUCCCGUUACCGUUACUCUGAACUCUGUCCCCAUUUGUUAAUAAUUAAUUGCCCUCAAGGAGCCUGUGAUCCUGAGGCUUUGCCCAGUUAAUCAGUCACUGCCCCCAGUCUGGGCAAGGGGCAGUUGGUGAACCUGCUGCCUCCAGAGCACCUUCCCUGGUGUGGAGGCAGCCAGGGACCCAGGAUGCUCCGGACCUGUUACCCGCUCUGUUCCCAAGCUGGUCCCCUGGCGAGGGGCUGGCAGCCCCUGAGCUUUGAUGGUGGCGCCUUCCACCUCAAGGGCACAGGAGAGCUGACACGGGCCUUGCUGGUUCUCCGGCUGUGUGCUUGGCCCCCACUCGUCACUCACGGGCUGGCGCUCCAGGCCUGGUCUCAGCGACUCCUGGGCUCCCGGCUCUCAGGCGCGUUUCUCCGAGCAUCCGUCUAUGGGCAGUUUGUGGCUGGUGAGACAGUAGAGGAGGUGAGGGGCUGUGUGCAGCAGCUGCGGACCCUCAGCCUCCGACCACUGCUGGCAGUGCCCACUGAGGAGGAGCCGGACUCUGCUGCCAAGAGCGGUGAGGCCUGGUAUGAGGGGAACCUCGGCGCUAUGCUGCGGUGUGUGGACCUGUCGCGGGACCUCCUGGAGCCCCCCAGCCUGGCUGAAGCCAGCCUCAUGCAGCUGAAGGUGACGGCGCUGACCAGCGCUCGGCUCUGUAAGGAGCUAGCCUCAUGGGUCAGAAGGCCAGGAGCCUCCUUGGAGCUGAGCCCCGAGAGGCUGGCUGAAGCCAUGGACUCUGGGCAGAACCUCCAGGUCUCCUGCCUCAACAACGAGCAGAACCAGCACCUCCAGGCCUCCCUCAGCCGCUUGCAUCGGGUGGCCCAGUAUGCCCGGGCCCAGCACGUGCGGCUCCUGGUGGAUGCGGAGUACACCUCACUGAACCCUGCGCUCUCGCUGCUGGUGGCUGCCCUGGCCGUGCGCUGGAACAGCCCAGGGGAAGGCGGGCCCUGGGUGUGGAACACCUACCAGGCCUGUCUAAAGGACACAUUUGAGCGGCUGGGGAGGGACGCAGAGGCCGCACACAGGGCCGGCCUGGCCUUUGGAGUGAAGCUGGUACGAGGUGCCUAUCUGGACAAGGAGAGAGCGGUGGCCCAGCUUCAUGGGAUGAAGGACCCCACUCAGCCUGACUAUGAGGCCACCAGUCAGAGUUACAGCCGCUGCCUGGAACUGAUGCUGACGCGCGUGGCCCGCCACGGCCCCAUGUGCCACCUCAUGGUGGCUUCCCACAAUGAGGAAUCUGUUCGCCAGGCAACCAAGCGCAUGUGGGAGCUGGGCAUUCCUCUGGACGGGACUGUCUGUUUCGGACAACUUCUGGGCAUGUGUGACCACGUCUCUCUGGCACUGGGGCAGGCCGGCUAUGUAGUGUAUAAGUCCAUCCCCUAUGGCUCCUUGGAGGAGGUAAUCCCCUACCUGAUCCGGAGGGCCCAGGAAAACCGGAGCGUGCUUCAGGGUGUCCGCAGGGAACAGGAGCUGCUCAGCCAAGAACUGUGGCGGCGGCUGCUGCCAGGACGCCGAAGGAUACCCCACUAGCACCCCUGAGGGGGUCAUGUGGUCAAUAAAGGUCCUUAGGCACUGCCGAA